CCCCAGACUCCAUUGUCAGCCCAUCUGCCAUCUGAUCUCUGGUCCCAAGUGCUUGCUGGAGCCUGACUGUAAGGAGGGGAGCUCAGCCUCAACAGAGGUCACUCUAAUCCUCCCUUUGUCCCUUUACUCUGCGCCUAUGAAAUUUCGCUGCCAGUGUUUGGCCCGCUUUUGGUGCUUGUCCUUUUGCUCUCAGUCGGCUACUCAUGUGGUUAAAACUGCUUCAUCAGCAGCAAUGUCACAGCAGGCAAAAGGUUUGUGUCAGAGCAGGCAGCAGGUGACUGCUGACCAUUUCACAUUGGAUGGUGAAGUCAGCAGCGGCGGCAUCAUUGUGAUGUCACACCGGGUCUGUGACACAGGCCACGCAGGGGUACAAAAGGGGGCGUAGGGUGGUUGUUCCCACACUCUGGAGGAGCAUCUCUGGGGUGAACACAGGGAAGAGCUUCCUACACGGCUGUUGCCACAAAGCAGUGACGCGCUAGCAUAAGGCAAAACAAGAUGGACUUCUGGGAUGGGAUGAAGCCCAUCUUCAUGAUGCCCAGCAUCACCCCCAGAGGUACAAGCACCCACAGCCACUACAGGAGUGUUGUCAGGACUGAGAGUUGUGGCGUUGUGGGGGUGGGACGCAGGCAGAGCCAGCAGACAGAGAGUGUGACCUGGUUUUCCUUUGCUUUCCAGAGCAAACAGCCAUCUGGGACGCAGUGGCCAGCUACAUCCAACAACAGCUCUUGCUACACAAGGUAGUCUUCUACUGCAAGGCUGAUCCGUUGUUGGAGAACCCUGGAUGCCCUUGAGUGGCUUCUGCCCCCAAGUCCCGCUCUUUCCAAGGAGGAAAAGGAAGGAGAGGACUCGGCAUCUCCUCCCCAAAGCUCUCCCCACUGUCCCAGCUGAUGCCUCCAAAGAGCGGGAGGUGGCAGGGUCCGAGGGGGUACGAAUUCCCACCCUCGGCUCCUUUGAUGUGGUCCCCGCACAGAAGCAGGUUGGGACAGAGAUUGUCACUAUCCAGAGGCCUGUGUUUCGCCUGUCCAGGACCCUCAGAGACAUCCACAACCUCAUGGACAACGAGGAUGACCUGUCUGACAAUAAGGUGUUGGAGCCUGUGAAAUAUGCCAAGGUGGCCAUGGAUGCCCACGUGUCCCGGUGCAAAGUGGAGGGAUGCAUCCUAGGCACCAUGUCCCUCCUGUCUCACUGCCUGGCGAAGGGGAAGAGCAUUGCACUUGUCCUGAGAGAUGUUGGGGUGCUCCUCAUUGAAGACAGGAUGGUGCAAAUGAGAUUCUACUAUGAUUUCCUGGAAGAGAUAUCUGGGAAGACAAACCUCAGAAUGGCUGCGUUCAUAUUUCCCCAGCUGCUGGACAUGGUGGUGUCCCGGAUGGUACCUGUUUCUUCCCUGACUCGCACCAGCCGUGUCAUCAUCUUUCCUGAGUUUGAACUGGAGUUUGUGCCCAAAUCUCAGUCCAGGCACCCUCUCAAGGUCUUGAGGCGUGCCCUUGGUGAGGACAUGUGGAAGAAAGAAGAGGAUUUGCCACCCAUCAGGCAACACACAAAAGCGGGACUUCCUGAAGUGCCUUUGCCUGCUGAUUCCAGCUCGGUUACUAACAAACAGGAGGAAGUCCACAAUAAGGCGGCGAUGAAUAAGAGGACGAAGCGCCAGGCUAGGCAGCUGCCAGGGAUCCCUGGGGCCGUGUCUGGAAAAAAGUUGCUGGUGAGCGGCCAAUCCAAAGGCAAACCUGCAGCCAAAGGCCAAGCAGCAAAGCCGAACCAAACACAAGCAGCAAGACUGCAGAGGCACAAGCAAAGACAAGGAGAAAAAAUAUACCCUGUUGGAAGCAAAUUCAACACUGAAACAAAUUCAUCAAUGAGCCCGGAAGCCUGGAUGCCCAAGGAGCUCACCUACAAGGUCAUGACUCCGCUGCCAACAAGAGACGAGGCAGCACAAUUACUACAAUCAAGACCUGAAAGGUUCUGGUCGGUGCUGAAAGACCCACAGUAUACAGUCUUAGCGGGAUACAACUUCACAAUUCCCCACGUGAUGCCCUAUAUGUUUUAAGGGUCUGGGCUGACACAACACCACGCGUUUGAAGACCAGACUGGUGAUCUCCAGGAUGGAGCGAUCAGGGUUUGGAGGUGCUCAGAGCACCCACCGAGGUGGCAGAAAGGUCUACAUGCGGACAAAGAGCUUCCAGAACAUGGCGGUACUGUUCGAGAAGAGCCUCUCUUCUUUUGCAGAAAUCUCUCUGUCUUCAGGACGCAGGGAGCUGUGAAAAGAGACAAACAAAACGGCAAAGCUGUGAAAUAGCACUGAGUUUUUUCAUUGUUCGCAGCAACCGUUCACCUCUGUGAUAAGAAAGGAGCAACAGACCUCAGUGCCCUUGGGGUGACCUUGCAAGCUGGAAAGCCCCUGGCUCACGGACAAGGGGGUGACGGUGCCCUGAAAAGGGCUGAGGAAAACGGUCACCUAUUAUUUUUUUUUUUACGCGUGGUCAAAGCUGCUUUUGAGCCCUUUGACCUUCGUGUCCCCAGUGAGCCCCUCACUUCCUCACCGCCACCCAGAGUCACUUGAAUUUGGGGUGCUGCGGUUAAAAUUUAUUACAUUGAUUACUGCUUCUGAAAAAGCCUUUGUUUUUAAUCAGGGCUCGCUUCACUUGGGAGCUCAGGGAGCUCAAGGGCAACUAAUGAGUAGGUGGGUUUUGUCCUGAGACCCCCAAACAAGCAAGAUGUGAGCAGGAACAUCCAGACAAUACAGUGUGCAGCUGUGUCAUGGCGGUAACUCUGUCGCGCCUGGCCAACGUCCUGGCAUGUGUGAACUUUGCAGAUCGUGACACAGCGCACACCUGCACUUUGCAUAAAAUUAAAUGUUAUACAUAUAGCAGGUGUGUAAACUAUUUUUGUUUUUCACCGACUAUAAAGGUGGGCAUGCUGCGAGACGGGGCAGAACCCUCACAUAUGUGUAGAUGCGCCUGCUAGGAAUGUUUUAACCAUUCCUGAGAGGCUCCUGGCACCAGCUGCAACGGGACUCCCAGCCAAAGGUGGGGGGGGGGGGCGCGGCUGGCCAAUGUUUAGGCCGGAAUCAGUGAAGGAUCCUAUUCUUAGUCUCGUUAACACUUUGCAGGACUGAUUCGAUGAGCGACCCCCGGUAGGGCAGUGCCCUUCUGUUGUUGAGGGUGUGCUGCGCUGGCCAGGGCUGCUCACAGGUCUAGGUGACCCUGAGAACGUGUCUGGAGACUUCCCAUCACUGCAAAGUGAACAGUAAUUUUAAACUGCAGAAUGAAACGUCCUGUUAAAAGCAUCCUGGAAAAGGGAUAUUCAAAAUAUCAGAAUGGAUUUCUAAUAGAAAAUGGGCGAUGCUCCGUCACAUUGAUCACUGUGGUGAGGGAUGUGCAAGUGGGGAAAUCCUCACCUACUGUUUGUUUAAAACAGGCGAGCAAAUGAACUAAGCAGGAAUCAUCUGCCAUGACGCAAUCAUCACCUUUGUGUCUGGAGCUAGAAACCCCUGCAGAGGGGAAACUGCCCCCCCAAAACCAUUGAGAGUCCUCCUUUAGCUACACUCCUUUUGUCUCAGCACACAAAACUGCGCACAGCUGAAAAUCCUUACUCUGAACAGGUUGGCAGGCUGUAGGCAGAGAAAUGAAUGCGAAUUCCAGCUCUGCUCUUUCCAUUUUCUGGGCAGGAAAACGAUUAAAAGGGAUUAUUUAUGAAUACAAGCCAACUCUGACAAAUUAUUUCAAGUCAUGCCUGAUCGCCUGGCUCGGAGGUCUCGCUAGCUUCCCCUGGCCAUGAGGAUGCCAAGGAAUGGGCAUCCCACUCCCCUUCAAAUGAACACAAAGGUUCUGCAAAUCAAACGUCACUGAUUCAGUGCAAUUUAAUUACUGUCAGCGUCAAGGAGAACAACUGGGGGUGGAGGGCAGGUUUUGGGGGUGUUGGGAAUGGAGGCUUGGCAGGCUGUAAUUUGCCUUCAGAUGGGAACAUCCAGUGACUAUGGUGACAUGUUGCAAAGAUGGAGCAUCACAUCAUGGGGAUGGAUGUAUCCUCCCACCCUCUUGGAUGGCCCCAGCCCUUGGGCUGCCCCCAACAUGCAGCCCCCUCGCCCACUUGGAAAGCAGCUUUGUCAUUGCUGAUACUGCUCCCCCCUGCCAUGUCACCUUCACUUGCUGCUGCAAAGAGCAUCCUUCAUCCUGCUGCCCUAAUCCUGCUGCCCAAAAAGGACAGGGCGGGGGAGUCUUUGAUCCCACCAGCUGCUCUGCUGAGGGGGCAUCUCUUGUCCCUCACUGCUGUAGCUAUUGUCCCAAAUGGCCUCUGCUCGGGGAAAACUGAGCUGAGAAGAACAAGCACAGCUUUUUUUUUUUUUCCUCUUUUUUUUUUUUUUUUUCUUUUAUUUAUGCUGCGAGGCAGCCAGCCUCAUCCAGGCCGGGAAGCUGUCAACAUUUUAAAACAACGAUCCUCUAACACCUUCCCUUUCACACACCCAGCCACCUACCUCCUGAUUUUCUGGUGUCCCACACAGAACUGGCCAGGGAUUUGGGGAGAGUGGUGGAGAUGGAGCCCAGGUAGAGGAGGGAGAGGGUGAGGAGGAGGAAGUACACGGGGGUGUGGAGGUGGUGGUUGCACUCUGCAGCACUGAUAAUGAGGCCAUUGUCCAGAAGAGCAGCCCAUGAAGAGCCAGGAGUGCAGGAGCUGCAGCUCCCGUGCAUCUACAAUUUCCAGGAACUGGGUGAUGGAGCUGCCGUUGGACAUCUGCUGCCUCUGGGCAUGGGGACCUCUCCCAGGAGAAAAAGUGACAAGUUAUGGGGGACUUCUCCCAGCAAAACCAAAGCUGUUUCCCAUCAACCAUCCCCCCCCAUCAGACAAAGAAACCCUUUUCUUUUUCUAGGAGACCUUCCUUGAGCUCUUAAAAUGCAGAAAACUUAGAAAUGGCUGUACUGGCUCAGACCAACUCCAGCAAGCCCCAGGUUCAGCCUCCAACAGAGCCAACACAAGACACUUAAACAAAAGCAGCAGAGCAAGACAAGCACCCUGCGAUACUUUCCCAGCUUCCCUUCCUGAGCUGACCGGGAUGUCCUUGAAUUUAAUAUCCCCCAAAGGAUUUAUUUCACACGGUCUUGGGUUCUAGUUGUUCCUCAAGCCUGUGCAGACUUGCAGCAUCCUCGCAGCACCAUCACCCUCGGCAGCCACUCUUGGGACCUUGGAGAUGACUGAAAAAGGGUCCAGACCUGGGGCUGUUGUAGCCAAAAAUCUCAAUAGCUUGGGCAGAAAAGGCUGGCUUAGAUCCAAAUUGGUUGAACGCUGCUCACAACGUGUUGGCCCCUGUUUGCCGUCAGCGUGCAGGAGACAAGCACAAAAUCGUGAUUUCUGAAAGUAUCUGAGUAUGUUCUGGCACAGUCGUGUCCCAGCUGGGAAGCUCGGUUGGGAGUUUGGGGGUUGUUUUUUCUUGUGCACGUAAAUUUUGGUUUCGUUGAAGCUAGUGGGAUUUUCUGCAGAGAUUUCAGCCUGCCUUUCCCAGUGACAACAACUGGCUUGGAGCUGAAAGUUGGAUGGAGCAGUUUCUUGGACAUGAAUGCAGACAGGACUGAAAUAAUUUUAUAAAUCCAUCUUGGUUUGGUGGAAAACAAAUGUCAGGAAAAGCAAGUAAAUGCCUCCAAGAGGUAUUAGACCAGCCCUGCCGUGGGGUAGCCUUGCAGCUCAGAACCAGACUCAGAAAGUCCAUGUGGGUUUGAGGGAGAAUAAAAAUGGCAUUUUUCUGUU